AUGCUGGACUCUUGGGAGUCACUUUUCAAUAGCGUACUUGAUGAAAAUUGCCCCUGGCGUGAAAAGCGUGUAAAGCGCGCUGUCCAAGCUCCUUGCAUGACUAGCUCUGUCUUGAAACAGCUACACCUGAGAGAUAAUUGCCUAAAAACCGCAAGGCGUUCCAAUAAUGCUGAUGAUUGGUCUAAUUACAGAGCGGCAAGAAACAAAGCGGUUGCGAUGAUUGGGAGCGCAAAACGAAAAUUUUUCUGCAAUGCCUUCGAGGAAAAUAAAGGCAAUUCAAGAGGAAUAUGGAAGACAAUAAGAACACUGACUGGCUCAGGAAAGAACAGACGCGAUAUUAACAGUAUUAAUAUCGGGGAAGCU